AUGAAGAGUGUCCUUGAGCGGCUCUUGCGCCUGAACCGCGGCCUUGCAGCUCAAAGGGCUGCUAUCGCUGACGGUCGCCUCAAGGCCGCUGAGCAUCGCGCAAACAUCAAGAACAAUUACGAGUCCUUGAAAGAGACUCACGCUGAGGUUCGAGAUCUCGAAGAGUCUUUCGAUGAGGAAUCGGAGACAAUGGUCUCUUCGAUGAACACCUUCUUCGACGAUGUGCAGACUUUGAUCAGGACGGAGAUGUUGGAGACCGACGAGCGUCACGAACGGCUUCUCCGCUCCAUCGAAGAGGCCGGUGUCAUGCCUCAGACCGUCGCCUGA